UCGGACCUUUUGAGCUGGGCGAAAUCGACAUCAAAUAACACGAGGUCAGGAAGUAUAUCGUUUUUCGAAAGUGAUCCACUCAAAUUGACCUAUUCUCAUGAGGUAUAGGCUGGAUGAGCGUUUGCAUAGAGCGGCCCUUCAUACUUUGCAACCGAAAAAGGGGGAGACGAAAGAUGCAGAUAUUGAGCACUGCCACAAAUGUUUGCUCGACGGCCAAGCGAUCGCUUUCUUUCUUUCACGUAAGGAUGAAGUUCAUUGCCUCCAGCAUGCUCGUAGUUGUUUUAACGUCAUGUUCAUUGCCUCCAGCAUGCUCGUAGUUGUUUUAACGUCAUACCGACUAUUGAGAAUGCUCCAUAUUUAAAGCAAAUUACACCCUCGAAUGAUAUGGGGUCAAUGUGAAAUAUCUCGGUGUAAGUCGCAACGGUCUGGAAGUCUUGUAACCACAACGUCAUC